UGUGUCAAGCACUUUCUGGAGGAAUGUGAUCAUUUUGUUAAUAUGCGUUGGGGUUUUCGUAUUCCUAUUGGAUGCGUCUUUUUUCAAGAGAGAAGAGCAAAGAUAUUGCUUUGCAAUAUUGAUAUUUUCGAGUCUUCUAUGGUCAACUGAGGUCAUACCACUCUUUGUUACUUCGCUUGCAGUUCCUUUAUUGGUCGUUUGUUUACGCGUUCUACGUGAUGAUCAAAAUAAUCGUCUUGGUGCAAAGGAUGCAGCAAGACAAAUUUUUCAAACAAUGUUUUCACCAGUUAUUAUGUUGCUUUUGGGAGGUUUUGCUAUUGCGGGUGCAUUAAGCAAAUAUCAUAUAGCAAAAAUGAUGGCAACUUUUGUGUUGUCUAAAGCUGGGACGAAACCUAGAUUUGUGCUUUUGGCAAAUAUGUUCGUCGCCACUUUUGCAAGUAUGUGGAUAAGCAACGUUGCGGCACCAGUGUUAUGUCUGUCACUUAUUCAACCAAUCCUCAGACCCUUACCGCCUAAUAGUAAUUUUGGACGUUGUUUAAUUCUUGGGAUCGCCCUAGCUUCGAACGUUGGAGGCAUGGCAUCCCCCAUCUCAUCUCCUCAAAAUAUUAUCGCAAUUGGCAUCAUGGAACGAUCUCCUCCUACGUGGAUUCAAUGGUUCUUUAUUGCAAUUCCUUUGUGUAUCAUUAUCGACCUUUUGAUAUGGCUCUUACUUCUUUGGAAUUAUGAGCCAACGAAAAAUUCUUCGAUAAUUCAUCCUAUUAGGUCGUCGAAGGACCCAUGGACUGGAACACAAAUAUUUGUAAUUAUAGUGACG